CGCCCAGACCCGGAAGUGAGCGCCCGCCCCGUGGCCCCAGGCUCCGUCCCGCGCCGCCGGUCCGCGUUCUCGCCGGCCUCCCGCUGAGAGUGUGUCCGCGCGGCCCCGGGAUGUACAUGCUGGUGGAGACGCUCUCCAGCUCCCGCCUCCACCUAAAGAGGGCGCCGGGCAUCCGGUCCUGGUCCCUGCUGGUCGGAAUCCUGUCCAUUGGCCUGGCGGCUGCCUACUACAGUGCAGACAGCCUGGGCUGGAAGAUCUUCUACGUCACCGGCUGCCUGUUCGUGGCCGUGCAGAACCUGGAGGACUGGGAGGAAGCCAUCUUCGACAAGAGCGCCGGCAAGGUUGUGCUGAAGACGUUCAGCUUGUACAAGAAGCUGCUGACCCUCCUCCGAGCAGGCCACGACCAGGUGGUGGUCCUGCUGAACGACAUCCGGGACGUGAACGUGGAGGAGGAGAAGGUGCGCUACUUCGGGAAGGGCUACGUGGUGGUGCUGCGCUUCUCCACCGGCUUCUCCCACCCCCUCACCCAGAGCGCCGUCAUGGGCCACCACAGUGACGUGGAGGCCAUCGCCAGGCUCAUCACCAGCUUCCUGGACCUGCACCGCCCGGAGAGCCCCGAGGAGCUGUCUCCGAGCAGCGACAGCGAGGCCGAGGGCCCCGCCGAGCAGGGCUGACCCGGCACCCGGCGCGGAUCCAUGGGGCCUCAGCAGGCCAGCCCCCCUCACCACCCAGCGUGUCCCUGGCAGCCCCCCGCGGUGGCCCAGCCUGGUGGUGUGGGUGUGAGUGGUGUGGCUGGUCUGGGCUGACCCACCCCACAGCCCACCAGCUGGGCAUGCUCCAGCCUCUGAAAGGGGAGGGGAGCGGGCUCCCCAGGGCAGGGCCUGAGGCUGGUGUUCCCACCCCCGAUUGGCUGGCCACACGUCCCGGGGAAUCCGCUGGACCAACCAGAAUGUGUUGGGCUGUCUGGGGGCGGACCCCCUCCCCUUCCUGUCCCAUCCCCUCUGCUGGGCCACGCCCACUUGGCGAGAAGAGGUUCUCCCAGCCUCCUGCCCAGGUUCAGGCUGGGACCUCUCUGAGAAGACAGACCUGACAGCUGGGCCUGUUUGUGGGGCAGGAAGUGGGCCGCACCCACAGAACUGGGCACCGAGCACCCCAGCCGGUGCAGCAUGUGGGGCUGCCGCUGCCUGGGGACACGGACCGCAGUCUACGUUCUCCCUCAGCGGGGCUGCGCCCACCUGGGCUUGGGAACGCGUUGCUGGACCUGCUAGUGGGUUCCACGUGAGCCCAGGGUGUGCCCCCCACACACACACCCAGGGUGAGGGCCUGCCCAUCCUUCACCAGAACUUUCAGGGCAGUCCUGAGUGUGCAGGACUGCCCUCCUGAGGCUGAGCAGCUCCGGGCGGGGGCAGGCAGGCAGGCCUGAGCCCCGCCCCGCCCCCCGGGACUGUGGGCCCUCGCCGGCCCUGUGAACACCCGGCGGUGAGAGGCCACGCUCCUGCCAGCACCUCUAGCUUUUCCUCCUUUUUAUUUCACGAGAAUUAAAGUUCUACGUGCAGAUCAGUGAGCGGG